GGAGAAUGCAUCAGAUUCGUUGGAGCCAAGUCCCGCAGCUGCCCAGGCUACCGCCGACUUGAAACCUCUCACAAAGAUUUCUGGACCAGAGAAGUCUGUCAGUCGGAGAGGUUCCAAGGCUGAUCUGGAGCGGACACCCGGCGAAAGUGGAAGCGAAUCUCCAGGCAGCAAAAGCGAUGGCACAAACCGCGGUCGACGCAAUUCUGGAGCGAAUAGCGCCACCGCUGCUCCUGCGCCGCGAACGAAAAGCACUACAGCGAAACCGAACCAUGGCAGCUCGUCCACAAAAACACGGCCUGGCGAUGUAAAGCAAGGCAUGACUGUGGAGACGGAGACUGUGCAAAGUAUUCCUCAAUCAGCAAUUGCUGCUGCUGGUGAUCGAUCCGGUGGGCUGCGAGCGGACCACGGAGGAAGUGUCAAGCAGAAGCCGAGCAGUGAGACCAUCAGACCGAAAAAGGAGAGAAAGAAGGCGGAGAGAAAAACUAGGAGUGUCAAUCAAGGCACUGCCACAACGAAAGCGGACUUGUUCGAAGCUCGCGUGGCAAAUGCUGUGGAAGAGGCUAACAGUUCGGACUCGGACGAAACGUUUGUCUACGAGUCGAAUCCAGCGCCAGAGCCACAGCGACGGCAGCGCCACCACUCUCGCACGCCAAGUGUAACGUCCUCACACAGCAUGGCCGGAGAGCAACGUGGAGCGAUUCGAAACUAUGGAGACGUUUUCGACGAACGAAGAGUUGGUGGUAAACGGAGCAUGAAGUUCUCGUCCAAUCCGUACAACGAUCACGAUAGUCCCGAGAGCAACAAUGGCACCGUUCGCUCUCACACACCUCGACAUAUCGGCCGACAUGGGCGCGGCGCAUACCACUCUGCCAACCAUGAUCCAGAUUCUCCUUUCACACAAGCCUCGAAACUUCGUAAUCAGCACCUCCCCAAUGGACGAUCACGACCCAACUCUCCGAAAAGUCCGCAGAGUAUGAACUUCAGAUCAGGGCCACUUUUCACGUCCAACAGAAAGCAGGAGCACCCCUACGACUUCGAUACAGAACAAAACGCAGAUGAUGAACGAACGCCGCUGAUGGGAACUGUACGGACGCCGAGAAGACAUGUCUCUCGAUUCUCCAACAGCGCAAGCCACACCAUGAUGGACGACUACGAAUUCGAGAGUAGAGGCAACCGACUGUGGUGUUUCACGGGGCGAGCAGGUGCAUGUGUACUCACGACAAUCAUGCUUAUCCUGGUGGUUGUUGCCGCCGUCUUCUUUGUUUUCGCUAGCAACCGACCUUUGCAAGACGUCCAAAUCCAUCGAAUCCAAAACGUCCUGGCUAGCGAGCAGGAAUUGAUGCUGGAUCUCUUCGUGGGCGCCAUCAACCCCAACACCCUCGCCAUUUCCAUCAGUGAAAUGGACAUCAACGUCUUCGCUAAGAGCAAACAUGUCGGUGCUGGCCACAAUGACCGCGCUACUGAUCGUCGCACCAAGCGCCGACGAAGUGGCUCCAACGCCAACCCGAACCCCAUCCAGGAGCCCGACGGCCACUGGCGCAACCCGAACGACCCCGUGCAUCACUCCAACCCCGACUCUGAAACCGACGCGCAAACCAUGCUGCUUGGUCGCAUCUUUCACUUCGACCAAGCCCUCUCCUUUCCCGCCUCACCUCUUUCCCUCACCGAGCACAAAUCUUCCGGCCAGUUGCGCCUUACGCGGCCGGGCAACAAGACCGAAGCAGGAGGCAGCGCGCGCUGGGAAGAGGUGAUUCAGUACCCGUUUGAGUUGAUCGUGAGGGGCGUGUUGAAGUAUCAGUUGCCCAUCUCCGCGAGGGUGCAGAGUGCUGCUGUCGGGGCGAAGGUUAUGGUGCAUCCGGAGGAAGGGCUGACCUCGAGGGGCAGUAUGAGAGUUGAGCCGGUUGAUGAGGGGGAGAAGUGGGAGUGGAUUGAAUGGCCAGAGGAGGUGGAGGAUAAGCAGGAAUGA